UCUUUUUUUUUUGUUGUGUUGUUUUUCUCUGUCGAAAGGUAAAGGUACAACUUCCAUGAUGAAGCAAUUCGGAAGCUUCGGAUGGUCAACUGCUGCGUAUCCUCUCUUGGCUCUCGUCGCUUUGUCUCCGACUGACCAAGAGAUUCCAAUGCCUCAGCCCAUGACCUGUUUUCGGCCGCUCGGGCCCGACAGUAAUAAUAGAAGAGGGUUUGUUUUAAAACAAUGCCAUGUCAUGAUUCCUUGAAACACUCUUCGUUUUGACGUCUACUUGAUCGCAUGAUUAUAUAAGUCCUCCUACUUGUGUCUUUCUGGCUGUAAACAAGUAUAACUACUGCUUGCGACCUCUUCUCGUCCAGUUAUCUUGUCUUGUCUCGUUGCAUCUGUUGUUUCCUUCUGCGGACAAAUCUUUCUGGGCGUACUUUGCCAGUAUGAUCUAUACAAAAAUGAUAUCGCGCGCAUCCGGCGCAUUGCUUCUGGCGCUUUUACCUGUGGUAAUUGCGCAUGGUGGUGGUGAAAGUAUGGACAUGGACAUGGGAAUGGGCCAUGACGGCAACACAACGACACAACCGCCCAAAGACGAGGACUAUCCCGAUACAUACUUUGCGCAUACUGAACAUACUGGAGUUGUAUACACACAUAUUGCAUUAAUGGUUCUUUCUUGGGUAUUUAUUCUACCAAUUGCCGUCAUGUUCUCACUGGCGAACUCUCGCUUUACACUACCGGCGCAAUUUGUUUUCCUAGCUACAAAUGCCCUUGGAGUCUUGACCGGCGUGAUAUAUAAUGCGCAGACCCCAGACUUGUAUCCAAACAAUGCGCACCACAAGAUUGGCUGGAUUGUGACCUGGGUCCUUUGCGCCCAGGUCCUUGUAAGUGCCGUGGGCUGUAUCGCGGGAGCUCUCAAGGGCAAAGGAAAGACGUCGAGUAACGAGAGACAUGCUUUUCUACCUGUCGCGACACGAGAGGCCGACUACUCUUCGCACAAUGGCUACCACAAUGACAGCCCCUACCGAAUGUCCAGCGACAGUGGACGACGAACCGAACCAAACACACCAUCGCUUCGAAGCGACUCGGCAUCCACUCUCAAUGGCAUGGAGUCGCCUGUCAACAACCCCAGGAAGGAGUACGAGGACGAUGAUGGUGACCUGGAGGAAUUGUCACUAGCCUCUCCUGAACCUCAGGGAACCUUUGCUCGCCACGCCUCCAAGAUCGCUGCGUCGCGAGUAUGGAAGUAUCUCAACCUCGGCCGUUGCAUAGUCGAUCGCAUUAUCCUUCCUUUCGGUUUCAUUGCGCUUGCGACUGGUGUUGUCACCUUUGGCCGUUUCUUUGAGGGAGGCGGAAUCUUCAAUGGAUUGGCGCAUUGGAUCAAGGGCGGUGUUUUCUUCUGGCUAGGUAUCUUCACCCUCGGUCGCUGGACUGGCAGCUUUGGAGAGCUUGGCUGGGCAUGGAAUGUUCGACCAAGGAAGAACUCCCAGAAGUGGCGCCCUUCCGCUGAGUUCGUCGAGAGCUUCUUGAUCUUCUUCUAUGGCGCUACCAAUAUCUUCAUGGAGCACCUCGGCGGUUGGGGAGGAGACUGGACCGCCCAGGACAUGGAGCACAUCUCCAUCACAGUUCUGUUCAUUGGAGGAGGCUUGUGCGGCAUGCUCAUCGAGUCGACACGUAUUCGCGAUCUUCUCAACACAACCGUGGACGAAGUUCAACCCAAGAGCCCUUACACGGUCGAAGAAGCAAACGAAUCUGAAGCUCCCGACACAUACGAGUUCUCGCUCAACCCCAUACCAGCUUUGGUCAUCAUGCUGCUUGGACUCAUGAUGAGCUCCCACACACAGCAUACCAUGAUGUCUAGCAUGGUUCACAAGCAGUGGGGUGACCUCCUUCUAGGGGCUUCCCUUGCUCGAGGGUUGACCUACCUCAUCAUGUACCUGAAGCCACCCAAGUCCAUUUUCCCAUCACGACCCCCGACGGAACUCCUGGCUGCUUUUGGAUUGAUCGCUGGAGGUAUCGUCUUCAUGGCUAGUAGCACUGAUACUGUCGACGGAAUGAUCCACUACAAACUCGACGCCAUGUUCAUGUACACUGUCACCAUGGGCCUGGUCGCCCUCCUGAUGGCUUGGGUCGUUAUCGUCCUCGCCAUCAAGGGAUGGGCUGUCCGACUCGAACGACGCCGUAACUCGAACUAGACCGUACAUAUGGACAUACUGAUGAAGGAAUGACAUACUGCCGUACUUCGGCACGGGUGGGAGACAGACGUAUAUAUAGAUUGAUUGUAUUGCGCGCUUGAUGUAGUGUUGACUCUGCUUUGAGAUACCCUUAUGAAGUAACGGCCGCUAAUUGACCUAAUUUCUGAAUCUGACUUUCCCCUUUUCACUGGGUUGAUACAUACGCUGUGGCGUAUUGGGGUGCAGUGUCAAGCGUUCUUGGUGUCGAUAGAACAGCUUUCUGUCUGCCAAGAAAAACGCCAUCCUUGUGAUUUGACAUAUCCUUGUCUCGUGGGAAGUGGUGAAGAAUGGCUUUCACUAAUCCACAGGUUGCAAACGAGCGGAUCUGAAAUGCUGUCGUGCGUUCACGUAGUAGACUGAAAUGAUCUGGACUGCGUAUAUACAGUCUGCUCAGCAUCCCCGUCCUUGGCCUUUGGUGCAGCAACCACUCUCUUCUGGUCCUCAGGAGAGAAAAGGCCCGCACCCUGUUGCAGAGCGUGAACAAGGAAAGGGAUGGAAUCGGCCUUGAAGUCCUCCGCGUUGCGAACUUUGUCAAGGUCCUCUGAGAGCUCUUGUGUUGCGCGUUGAAGGUAGUAGGAGGUAAACUCCGGAGAGGACUGGUUGGUAGGCUUUGAAGACAUUUUGAUGUGUUUGAUGGAGAGUAGCCGGAUUCCUUUGAUUUGACUAAGGUAAUCCUAGCGAUGUUGGCUGCUGGGGUUGAGACUCUCGAAAGGUUCACCUUGGUCAGAAAGACUAAAACUUGAACUAGCAAAUUCUUAACAGUGCGAAAACAAGAGUACAUGUCAUGAGCACUGUGCCUACCUCUCAUGACUUCAACAUGAUAGAAGCCAUGAUACAGAGUAACUCGAAGCAUAUAGAUAAGUUUGUCAGUUCUCUCAGUCAAUCGAAUAGAACAACUCGAG